AUGUUAGACGUCAUUCGGGACUCGCCCUUUGGCCUGCUUGUCCGGUUCCUCACCAAGGACAAGUACCUUCGACAUGUGGAGGAGCUAGACACAUUCCAGCACCCUUACUACCCUACAUCCGCCGAAGAAAGCAGUAAGGAUACGCAGGCGGCCGAGCCCGUCUCAUCGAGUUCCAUCAGCAUAACCUCAGAAGAUACCAUCUCAACUACGGAUCUCGAACGCGGGGAUGAAGAGAAACACGACGAGAAUGCCAUCCGCCGUCUGGUCACCCAGCAGACACUCCACGCGGAGCAGAAGGAAUACAGUGAGGUUAUCAAACCCACUCGGACCAGAGAGGGGUACAUACUGGUUGAUUGGUACACGACAGACGACCCCGAGAAUCCGCAAAAUUGGUCUGCGUUCAAGAAGAAUUUCGUUGCAUUCGUUAUCUGCUUCUACUCCUUCGUCGUCUACUUUGGCUCGUCCAUCACUGUUGGGGCCGUGCCUGAAGUCGUGGAGAAGUUCGGCAUCAGCAUCGAAGUCUCGUCUCUGGCAUUGGCAUUAUACGUUCUUGGCUAUGGUCUUGGACCGCUACUGUUCUCGCCCCUGAGUGAGAUUGCAUCUGUAGGGAGGAACGCCCCGUAUAUAAUCACCCUGUUUAUCUACACGAUGCUCUGGAUCGGUGCAGCGACUGUGCAGAACUUUCCUGGGUACCUCGUCUUGCGAUUCCUGACUGGUUUCUUUGGGUCUCCCGCCCUCGCAACUGGCGGCGCCUCAUUCGGAGACAUAUACCCCCUGCUCCAGGUCCCGUAUGCGCUUGUUCUCUGGGGCGUGUCCACUGUAAUUGGACCAGCCCUCGCCCCCGUAAUCGCAAACUUUAGCGCACCCGCAACCAGCUGGCACUGGGUCUCCUGGGAGAUGCUCUGGGUAACCGCACCGGUCUGCCUCGUCUGGUUCUUCUUCGUCCCUGAAACAUACGCAUCCACAAUCCUCUAUUAUCGAGCGCGCCGUCUGCGCAGGAUCACAGGAAACGAGCGAUAUCGCACCAAGGAAGAAAUCGAGCACCUCUCCGACACCGCGAACACAAACACCACCCCAAAGGGUAUUCUAUACAAUGCAAUCAUAAAGCCUGCGCAGAUCAACGUCCUAGACCCCGCCGUGCUCUUCUCAACACUCUACACGAGCCUCGUAUACGCGAUCUUUUACUCAUUCUUCGAGGCAUUCCCGCUUAUCUUCGAGCAAGUCUACCACUUCCGCUUCGAGCUCUCCGGCCUCCCGUUCCUUGCCGUCCUCCCCGCGCUCUUUAUCGCAUCCUCUCUGAUUGCAUCCUACUGGUACAUUUCCGUCGUCCGCCACUUUCCGUCAAAGGGCUUUGAUGCCUUUGGCGCCCCCGAGGGCCGCCUCGUCCCAGCUAUAAUCACCUGCCUCGGUACACCAAUCGGGCUAUUCAUAACAGCGUGGACAUCCCGCCCGCACAUCCACUGGAUCGUGCCAACCAUCGGGCUCUCCCUAACGAUUCUUGGCACAUUUACCAUUAUCGCCUGCAUGCUGCAGUAUCUUGCGUUUACAUACCCCCGCUAUGCGGCCUCGCUCUUUGCCGCGAAUGACUUUGCGCGCUCGAUGCUUGCGGCGGGGGCGGUGAUGUUUUCGCGCCCGAUGUUUAAGGGGAUGGGACUGGACUGGGGGAUUAGUCUGCUGGCGUUUGCGAAUGUUGUAUGUUGUGUGCUGUUGGUUGGGUUGUGGAGGUAUGGGGGCGUGUUGAGAUCGAGGAGUCGGUUUGCAGAGGGAUGA